CGUCUACCGACGACGAGAAUUAUUUCUUCCUUCCUGAUAUUAUAUAUGUCCAGCUGCAGUUGGCAUCACAAGAACGGAAAUUUAUAUCCCCCCGUCUGGAUAAAUCUGAUUACAGCCUAACAGCCAUAUGGAACGUAUUCGCAAUGGCUCCCAACUUGGAAAGCAUCAGAGAUCUCUCUGCACGAAUGAACUGCUUUGGGGGAACUAUCAACAAAGAUAAAGAUUCAACCGAGGGCGAUAAGCCAUCCGAGAUUCCUAACCAAUCGAUAACUAAACGGUCACCUCAUCAGGCCAAGGUCAAGUCGCUUGGGCCACGACACCGACCAGUUGCCCCAGUUCCGAAAAAGGAGAAUAACGACUUACUCCCGCCUCCCCAGACUUCGUCCGAUCCCAGAAAGGCUCCAGGACCCUCAAGCAAUCCAUCCGCCACGUUACCAAGCUUGUAUCACCCCAUUUCACAACUACCUGCUGCUAUAAUUUCGUAUCCAGCAAUGCUAUUAAACGCACCCCAAGUCAUCAAAAAAUCAGCAAGUAGCCCAAGCUAUGGAUUCAACUCGGCCAAAACGCCUGCUAAAACACUUCCUCACCAGGAUGAGUAUUACAUGGCAUCGUCUAGUCAUUCUAAACCCUCUCAGGGACCGGGAAAAUGGGCUGAGCAACCGCUAUACCCCUUUCCUUGCCUUCCACCAUACCAACAUACUUCUCCCCAUCUGUACAUGCAACCUAUUCCUCCCUCGGCCUACAACAAUAGCUUUGAUCCAUCAUGGGGUAUAGGUGCAUAUGUCCCAGAUUAUACCCCAAUACCUCAUGCCUCUAAACUUUCACCUGGGGCGGAUCCUCUAAGUGCUCAAGCAUAUCCACUUCCUUUUGACGCCUGGCCCAAACCCAACCCCUCAGUUAGUCCCCCUGGGCCAUUUUACGACCAGCAGAUGUUAGAGAAAUCUAUUUUCGAGCAUGAGAAAGUCCAUUGGCCCUCGAUGGGAAAUGGCUUCGGUAUGAUCAACCGCUAUGCACAACCACAGGCGAAGUCUGCCAAACAUGAGACGGAAAUAGAUGCCGCACGCCUCGAAGAUAAAGACGAGUCGACAGAUCUUGAACAAGACCCCGAAAACACGGCUAUGGUAGAGGCUGCUCUAGAAGAAUUAAACCCAUUACUGUCGUUCGUUCGAAAGUGCCUUGGCCACGCUUGUGCCGGAUGUCAUAAAAAGAAGAGCAUGGACUACGGAGAUAUUGUAAGCAUGACAGCAACAUGGGCUAUUGCUAAGGGGCCAAUCAACCUUGGAUCGAAAUGCCAAGAAAGGUCUUGCAAAGUGCUCACAUGUCUCGGCUGCGGAAAGGCAUGUAAGCCCAGCUACAACAUGGUUAGCUUAAGCUCUAUUAUGAGGAUUUCCGGCGGAGAGUUACCCGUCCAAUGGUGCUGCGAUGACGGAAGAUUGGCCGCGAUCUGGGCUCUAGCCUGCGGCUGGGAAGUUCCGAAUAUGAAGUUUCGAGCCGAUUCUACGAUGACCAAAGUUCGAGGAAGGGGAAAAUCGAAGGGAUACACAGUGCGCGACGAGCUACGAGGGGCCAAUUUCGUGGCGAACGCAAAGGGAACUGGCUAUGGCGGCGAGGAGUCGGUGACUCCUUAUAAUUACUUUUCUCAGUGUGCGCAUAGCAUCAAGCGAUCGAUGCCAAAAUCCGCCAAGGAGGACGUUUUGCACGAAAACUACUUCAGGCUCUUAGCUUUCCUGCUCCCGUCCGACCGAAGAUCAUCAGCCCUUGACGCCUCACCGCCUAGCUUUUUAACCCAUUUACUCUCUCGCAGCCCCUUAUUAGAGAAGUCUGCGAUGAUGCUCGGAAGCGGUUCCAUUGACGACGCCUCAGUCGAAAGUCAACUUCAUGACUCGGUCCUAGACUUCUUCGACGCUUUAGGGAGCCAUCCAGCAACCGCAGAUUUAGCAUACGCCAACCGUAACCUCUAUCAUGAGGGCGGGGGCAAUCUUCUAGAAGUCUCUCUUACUCCCGAGAAGAGCAAAGGAAGAAUUGUUGUAAGGGAUACGGGCAAGUCUCUACUUCAACUACUGGGAAGUCUGGCAGCCCAAUCGGAUACUGUUCUCCGGCAUGCCCAAGGCAAUCCUGGCGAUUUUGAGAACCUCGAUGGACAGUGCCUAUUGAUGCUUAGCCGACGUCUGAGCCAGAUAUAUACCGAGCACACUGCAAAUAUGCAACGACUCCAAACCGCUAUGGACAUCACCGAAGAGAAACCCGAUAUCGAUUUUUCUGAGUGGCAUCGCGAAAAUUGCGUCAGAGAUGCUCCCGACGACACGGUGCUGCGUAACUUUGCCUUCGCGCGGGAAGUAAGCAGAGAAACUUCCAUAAGCGUAGAACGUGGACGUAUGAAGAGAUUGAUUACGGAGGUAUCGACACUAAGAACCUCACUACCAGAAGGCAUCUUCAUAUGCCAUGGAUCUUCUCGACUUGAUAUUAUGAGAGUCUUGAUCAUCGGUCCCAAGCAUACCCCCUACGAGCAUGGCAUGUUCGAGUUCGACCUGUACUGCUCAGCGGACUACCCAAAAUUUCCGCCAAAAAUGUGUUUCAAGACCCCAAACGGCAGCAGAACACGCUUCAAUCCAAAUCUCUACCACGAUGGAAAAAUUUGUCUGUCCUUGCUAGGAACGUGGGCUGGAGAGCCUUGGAGAGCCGACCAGUCUACUCUACUCCAGGUGCUUGUCAGUAUCCAAUCGAUGAUAUUCUGCGAGGAGCCGUGGUACAACGAGCCUGGCCGGGAGCGCCUCAAGAAUAAGGCACAAUCAGACACUUACAACAAGCAAGUCCGGACCAUGACUAUGCAAUAUGCCCAAUUACCCUGGAUUAAAUCGCUUUCCGAAAAGGAGGACGAUGAAACCAAAACCCCUAGUCCAACCACGAAGCCCAUAUGGAAAGAAACAAUUGAUCUGUAUCUGCGAGCAAACAAGAAUGAGAUGUUAGAUCUGCUCGCAAAAGCAUUGGAGGGGAACGAAUCGCGCCUAAAAGCUACAGCUAACACUGCCAGCGAGGCGUUCAAGGCUAGCGGCUGUCUGAAGUGAAUGAGCCAACUAUACAUUGCGUGUAAAUACAGUUCUAGACAUGCUUUUAAGAAUGGCGCUUUUUAUCGACCUCGUGCUUGAUAAUAUGAAGAGAAAGGGAGGUAGGCUAUGAAAGUUAGCCUGGCCACAAAAAAAAAGGAGGAAAAAAAAAAAGAAUGAUACCCAAACACCUAGCCCCGCAAGCAAGGAGAAUCACUCGCAGUUCAAGUUUGCACAAAAACCAACCAGUUAGACCGAAACCUUCGGUUAGGUUAGGUUAGGUUAGGUACCUUAGGUACUUAGAUAGACAUCUACCAAUGCGAUGAGGGCGUGAACUCGGACAGGCAGAUAUAGUAAGCUAAUUGCUUCCUUGCCGUGUAGUUAGUGUAACUAGCACCGGAUCAUGUGCGUAUGGUAAA